CAUGGUCAAUCCGCAGACAUUUUCAAGCCGAAAACUCGGUAUGUGCGAGAGAUCUUCCACAGUCUGUCAGAGGAAGUGGAGUUUGAGUUUGAAUUCCUGUCUGGAUUUUGGCCAGCCUAUCCCGAUAAUGACAAGAUCUCUUACCAGCGGGUUUGGGGUUAUGGUGAGCCUGAACACGAUGAAAUACGGGGCUUGCAGAGGUCCAUUGAGUAUAUUCUUGAUACAAUCGAAGAAAAAGGCCCUUUUAGCGGCAUAAUUGGAUUUUCCUCUGGUGCCGCUAUGACUGCCAUCAUCACGUCGCUUCUGGAAAAGAGAGAUAGAAUUAAUGGAUUUCCAUUGAUGGUGAACCACCCAAAACUAAUAUUUGCCAUAUGCCUUAGUGGAUUCAAGCUGGAAAAUAUGUGCUAUAAAGCUUUCUACUCGCCAAAGAUCGCGACCCCAACUUUCCACACUAUAGGCCUUUCAGAUGCAACGAUUUCUCCAGAUCAAACAAAAAGGCUUGCACGGCAAUGCAAGAGCCCAUGGCUCUAUCAGUACAGUGGGGGCCACUAUGUACCGCAAACUAAAGAGUAUGUGGAGCUUUACAGUUGUCUUGCUGGAUUUCUUCGAGAAGUAAUGGGGGUUUCAAGCGAUGACUCCGAAGAGUGGAUCGAUGUAGAGAGCAAUCCCUUAUAA